AUGAAAUCGUCUUCGAAAGCUGGGAGGGGGAAGCGUCGCGAGGGAAAGAGGAAGGAAGAGGUGCCGGAGCAGACCCUAGUUUUGAGGCAGCGCCUCCAUGACGUUCUGAGCCUCGGAAUCAAGUACUCCGUCUCUUCUGGUCCCGGUUAAUCUGUCUCUCUUGUAUUCUACUCUGUGUUGAUGGUAGGUACUUGAUUAACGGGGCUGUGCGAGGAUUUUUCAUAUGACUCAUUACUAUCAGUAGGCGAUGCGAAAUCCGAUCCUUAUGUGUUAUCCAGCUUCAUUCCUACUUCGAUCGAAUUGUUCCAAUUUUUUUCUCCUUCUUCUCAAGACAAAUAUCACUACUGGUGCAGAUUUUUCUUUCUCUUGUAUCUCUCGUUAAAGGAACUCUGUCAUUGAGAUCCCUGUCCGAUUGGGACUCAUAGUGCUCACGUUGUAGACAAAAUAUCGUUGGCAACACUUUGUAUCAUAAGCCGUUUCUUCAGACCAUCGCGCCCCCCUUUGUGCUCAAAUAAACCAUCAUCUCCGUUUUACUUCAAGAAGACGAAUCCCCCCACCCUUGUUUUUCUCUAAUUGGCGUCCAGAUUAGGCGGUUCUGUGAACAAAAUUUUAAUUAUCUGCGGACGUGUUGGACACUCAUAAUUUUGAUCUGUUAGCAGAAUCCACAGCCGAUCACUAGAUCCGUUCCCUCAUGCCUCAGGCCAAAUUUGAAUAACAUCCGUCUUUUACCAUCAGAUUAUGAUCACUUCCUUCACAUCGAUGCCAUCAAUACCGACCCAUUUCGAAAAUAUUCAUUUUUUUAACCCUCUUUCCUCACGCCUAAUCAAAACUUCUUAACCCCCGAAGCAGUCAAUACAAGAAUUCUGUGUAGGUCAUGUGGACUCUGAACCUCCAGACUUGUGGGUAAAUUUCAGGUCUUGGGUGAAAUAGCUUAGUUGCGGUGCCAAACAGAGAGAGUAAGUCAUAAGGCGAUGUCUGAAAUCCAAUGCAAAAACAUGAAUAUAAAUUGUAAGUUUUGUGUCUAGGAAAAAGAAUUCUAGGACUCUAGCUUCAUGCUACUUUUCCCCCCUUUUUCCGUAGAAUAAUUUUCCGCAAUCAGUAUUUACUAUUCUACCACAACAUUUCAGAAAUUUUAUCUUUUCAUUCCUGAAAGUUUAUUUAUCAAUCCAUGCCUCUUGCAGGUUUUGUGCUGAUAAAAAAAGAAAAUGGCAGUGUCAAGAUGUUGAGAUCAUGGGGCAUGCAGUUCGUUUGAUGUCCACAUUUGUUGGUUGUAUCUCUUCGAAUAUAUUACAGCAUCCUCUCAUUAAGGUCUGCGAUUUUGAUUGAAACACUGGGAAUGCACUUGGCUGGGCAUGAUCCUAUUUUUGACGUGUGAUACUUCCUUUGGGUUCUAACUGCUUUUUAACAACGAUAAGCAUCAUAAUCAUAUUCUUAUUUUGAUUUAGUUCUUCUGUCUACUUUGAGAAAAACUCUGGAACAGAAUGCUCAUUUAAGAAGCCUUGUAGCUUUUCUCAUGGACUAUGCCUUUAUGUGUAUGUUAUAUCCAAAACACGACUGCCAUCGUCCUUUUGUGGUUUUUCUAUAGACCUCAGCAAAGCCUGGUUCUGUCUCAGAUAAGCAUCAAUUGCUUGGGAUAAUUAUUUCAGACUCGACUAUUAGGCCCGAGUCCAUAAAAUCUAGCUGGACUUAGCCAGGUUUCUGGUCUAGCCCUGCCUUUAAGCACCUGGCAAAGCUGUAAGAAAGGAGAUGAAUUAAGUGUAUUGCCAAUAUAGUGUAUGUAAGGGUAAAACAAGUCUGACAUUUGGACACUACGGUGAAUAUACAAGUACAUUGUGAAAGAGUUUUACCAUUGUUCACUUUCGGGUAUGAUAGCAGUGAGAAUUUACUAGAAAAACAGGAUUGUGUCUGAUAUUUUAAAUGAUCCAUAAAACAUAAAUAAUGAGGGUUUCUUGGUUAUUAUAUUGAGGUCUAAGGUCAUCGGUUGAUAGCUGUCGGAAUUCUACACUUUGCUUGUUUCCUUGAUUAACCGUUUUAUGCCACAAAAGUGAUAUUUGAUUGGUUUAUUUAUCUAUUUUUCUCUAUCCUGCGAUAUAUUAUUUUCUUCCUACUCAUAGCAUGUUUGGUCUGGACUUGACCUCCCAGGAUUCUGUGUCAGAUAUGUUUGUGGCCCUGGAAGGGAUCCUCCAAUCAGAAAAUGAGACAGUACUAGGACCGGCAACAAAUGUCACAGAAAAAUUAUUUUUAAUUUUAGGGAGCUCCAUACGACAGUAUCAUUAUUCAGACAUCGUUCUUCCUCUGUCAAAGUUGUUAUCUUUCCAUCAGUCGGCUGUCUUAAUUUCAAGUGCAGUUGCCCUCAAAUGCGUUCUAUUGAACCUAGGGUUACGGGCGCGUGAAGAAUCGAAUGCAAUUUGGGACGCUAUAAAGAAAACGAAGGCAGUCGAGAGCAUUUUACACAUUUUUCAAGGUUGCAUUUCAGGAUCACGUCCUCUUGAUUAUUUCUCAGAGACUGCAUCGCUUCUGAAAGAAAUUCUGCUGAGAUGGCCACCUUCUAGGUAUCCAGCCUGGAAUAACAUUAAAUUGAUGGCUGGACCAGUAACUUCCAGUGCAGACUAUGGCUCUUCAGUGUUAUUUUCCAUUCUUCAGUUAUAUUCUACGUUAGGUAUCAUUCUUAAAUUUCAGCUUCGUUGUCACCACAUCUCAGAGAAAGAUGUGUUUUCCCUCCAAUUGUUUCUGAAUCCUGAUGGUACUAACUUCUCUUGGCCAUAUGCGAGCAGCUCUUUGUGGUGAUGUGGCCAUAAUGAUCUCAAAGAGAAAAGAGCUUGUGUCUGAGAUGGUGUUAUACAUGCAACGCUCGCACCCUACCAAUGUCCGAAUUCAGGCGCUCACAGUGUUCCGAAAUUUAACUGUACGUUUAGACCAGUCACCUUAGACUUUUGAAUUAUUUGUGCAUAUAAUUUUGUCUUUGAAGAUGACGGAAUUCACCUCCUUAAAUACAUUUUUGGACUAAAUUUAUGGUUUGAUUGUUACUUCCAUGAUCUAGAUUCAGUCUUUCUGUUUUCUUGCUCGCAGAGAUCUGAGAAGGGAUGUCACUCAUUAAUAAGUUUCUGCUGUGAAUCUCUUGUUCAAGGGAUCAUUGAUGCCAUGUGUGGAUUGUGGUCUUCUCACUCUAGAAGGAUCCUGAGUGAUCGGAUGCCUUUAGCCACUGCAGCAUGUCAAGCGGCACUAAUUACUCAGUGGUCUGGGGGGCACCAUGCUUGCUUUUGGAAGCUUGGGAUCGAUAAUGUUCUCCAUGAUCUUCUUCUUGGUGAUUAUAGAAGAAGUAAUAGUCAAUUGGAUUCUCCUGAUGAGCUGAGAGCUGCAGUUUAUGAUAACAUCAGCGAUAUAAGAAACUACAUAUGGGAUAUUCUUGGGUUUCUUGUGAAGCACUGUGAAGACUCUCAUUUUCAGAGCAAAGAAAAAGCAUCCUACGUAGACACUCUUAUCCAUUGUGCAUGGUAAGAUUACCCAUUUCGCAUUUCUAUCAAGAUUGCUAUGAAUAUUUAUCUUUGAAAUGAGUCAUCAUAUGAAUCUCUUUAUCUCCCUUUUCUUUGCUUUGGUAAUCUUCGUAAUGGGCAUACAUCUGUAGGUCUUUUUUUUCUUGACAUAGUUUGGUGGCUGCGGACCUGAUGUUUAUGAGAUCUUCCUCCAAAUAUUAUCACAUCCUUAGCUCCUGUACAUCCGAGGCAGAAUCUGUUUCAAGAGCUGUGACAAUGAUGGUCUUCUCCCCAUGCAAUUACAUUGCAUCAAGAACAAGAGACAUAUUAUGGGAAACUGUAAAGUCUGGUAGCAAUUAUUUAGAGGGCCUUAUAGACAAGUUGAGACUGAGCUAUGUUGCCAAUGUCCCCAUGCCAUCCGACAAUCUCCAAAUGGUAGUUGACUUGAGCAGACUGGCAUUCUAUGCAAGUUUGCCUCAAUUUCACGGCUUAAUUCUACAGAGGUCAACGUCAGGAAUUCUGACUGCAAUCAUCAAUAAGUGCAUAAAUGGCAAGGUCCACGUUCACAGAUCAAGCAUUGCCCCUUAUCUAUUUAGUUCCAAUGCCAGAACAUGCUGCUGGAAUGACACUGAAGACUGUAAAGCGGAGAACAUCAUCUUACUUUACAGUCUCCAAGCUCUUUCUCAGUUGGUAUUUUCUUCUGAACUUGUAAAUAAUCACCAGGUGUUAAGUUCCAGAUUUGAUAUGCCGAAACCCCAGAGUCUCUUGUCCAGCCUCCAGCAAAUAGUGAGCAACAGCUUCCAUCGAGAUUUGAAGUGGUAUGCAGCGUACUGUCUGAGCUCCUUCGGCUUCUAUGGCUUUCCUAGCAGUCUGGGGACGAGAAUGGAGAGCUCUCUUAACGAAGAUGAAUUUUCAGACCUGCAGCUCAUACUUCCAAACGGAAAAUCCCAAGGAGUUCAUGGUGCCAUCCUCAUGGCACGGUGCCCAGCCUUGCUUCCUCUUGAAAAACUUCCUUCUAAAGAUAAAACCUUGUCUUCUGAAAGUGACAGAUCUCCACAGCAUCCUGCAGCAUCCAGACUAGUCAUCCAUUUGUCUAGUAAUGUAGACAGUGAUGCACUGAUGAAGCUAUUGGAGUACAUUUACACGGGGCAUUGCCGGGUAGACGACGACACGCUGAAGCCAUUGUCGAUUCUAGCUAAACGGUGUAAUGUGAAAUCUCUGUACGAUAUGCUGAAGAGGAAGCAACCCAGAUGUGGUAUGCCUACUCCCAGCUGUAACUUCACUCAACUACUUACGCUUGCCGGGCAUCCAUUUACGUAAGUUUCCUUGCUCUAUCGUGCCAUUAAUUGUUGUAUGAUUUUCUGGAUAAUGAUAAAAUGCUCGUAAUGAGCCGCAAUUUCUGGACGUUAUCUAAACCCAUCAGUUACUAUUUUUAUUUUUUUAAUUAACUCAUUCGGUGGAGCAAAAUGGUUGAGUUUAUAUGGUAUUUAUAAAUAUUUUUAAUACUUGGUUUUUUUUUUUUUUUUUUUUUUUUGUCCACGAUUAUCUGGGAAGAAAAUCUCCAGUAUACUAAUAUUGUGUUUUUAUUUUGGGUUUAUGAAAUAUUUAUGCAGUGACAUCACAUUGGAAGCCAAGGAUAAUGAGGAAGCAUGGCAUUGCAGCACGUGCCAAUCCUCGCUCGCUCACGUGCACGCCCACAAGAUUAUUUUGAUCUCCAGCUGCUCAUAUAUGCGGGCAUUGUUUCAGUCCGGAAUGCAAGAAAGGUAACUAAUCUCUGCCUUGUAUUGACCAAUUGAAGCUCUACAGCACAUCCUGGGCUGAAGCUGGAGUGCCCGACUGCCGCCCAUUAGAGCCCAUUAGAACUGUUCACCCAUUAGAUUUCGAUCUACUUACUCCUUUGCCCAGUUUCCUGUUUAUUAUGAUUUCUGCUCUUUUUUUUCUUUCUGUUGAAGAUGACUAAAGUCAACGGCUGUAGCAUCUUUAAUCUCAUAUAAGUAAACAUGCAUCUAUAAAAGUGUGAAGUCUUCCUUAGGUCAACCCUACUUCUUUGCCCAGUUUCUCUCCUGCUGCUUAGUUCUGAUGGAAAUGGUUCAAUUCCAUGGCUCUAAUACCCAUAAUUCCAUAGUUUUCUCGGUCAUCCCCAUUUUUUCCAUAGAAAAUUGGUCAACUUUCAUUGCUCUAAUAUAUCCAUAUGGUUUGAUGCUUAUAUUAUCUAUGUAUCUCAGUUAUUCGCAAGUUAUCAAGGUGCCCAUAUCCCGGGAAGCCCUCGUCAGACUGGUCACCUGGUUCUACUCUGGCGAUCUCCCAAAGCUUGAGUUCCACUGCGGGUGGACCCAGAUGGACUCUGAUCGGCAGUUCCUGGAGCUGCUCGUCUACCUGGAGCUCUCAUGGCUGGCGGAGUUCUGGUGCUUGGAGGAUCUGCAAAGAGAGAGCUUGGAUGUGGUCAUCUCCUGCAUAGAAACGAGCCCAAGCUUCCCACUCAGGAUCAUUGAGUCUGCCGCCGGCCUCCACCAGCACGCCGCCGUCGGCGCCGCCAUCCGCCGCCUGGCCCCGCUCUACCCCCGGCUGAGGGAUGCCGGAGAGCUCGAGGGCUUCGACGAGGCAAUCGUCCGGACGCUUCGAUCAGAGUACGUUCACUUCUCUCAAGAGACUCCUCCCAAUUAUUGA